UGGUGGACCAACUGUCAGACGAGAGUUGCAGUUUGUUACAGAGAAGGUGCUGAGUGAGAAUGAGUGCAAGGAUACAAUCUCUCUGAUGAAACAUUCAGCUGAUGAAGACACAGUCAAGAAGAAGAUGAAGUUGACAUUUGUUUAUCAACACAGCAUGGUCCUUGACCUCCUGCUGUCAAGCAACAUACUGUCUGUUUUUCCACGUUUCAAAGAUAUCAAAGGCUUGAUCAAACAGGAUUUUGUACUGAUGUUUGGUGAGGAUGUAUCACGCAGGUUGCUGGAGAGGUGGCCAACAGCAUUCAAAAGAAAGAUUAUCCAACAAGGCAGAAAGCUUCCUUCUACCAGUGACCUGAAAGAACUCUUGCUGGCAGCUGACUCACCUGAGGAUGCCACUGAAGUUAAUGCUGACAUUGGCUGGGACAGUGGGACAGGUGGGACAAUAGCAAUUCUAUUGCUAUUACAUCUGAUUCCAUCAUCUGGUCAGGGUCGGAAGAGACCAGGAAAGGUGUCAGCUUCUCAAGCAGAAAGGCAUCUUGUGGUCUUCAAGAAGACUGGAACAAAUAUCCAAGAGCACCUUGAUGCCGUCACUACCAGCACUCAACCCUACCUCCUGGCUGUUGGGGUGAAAAAGAAUGACAUCCACUGGUUCUUCAUUAUUCUUGACAAGAAUGCCAUGCCAUGCAAGUCUACCUCUUCACUUGGUUCUUUUGAUGAACUGUUUAAAGCACAUUUUGUGUUUGGCACAUCUUACAACACUAUGCUUCACAACAUGUACACGUUCAUCCAAACCACAGGUUUUAGAAAACAUUUAAAUACCAAACACCUUAACUAUUUUGACCAACAGGCUGACACUGAUGUUAAUCUACAGCCUGAUGUGGCAGUUAAAGAAGUUAGCACUACAGGGAGGUGAUGUCAACUAAUGUAGAAGAAACCACACCCACAACAUCUGAAAAGGUCAAAUAAGAGCACUUUGGAUAUGUGUGCCUCUGCUGUUGCACAACUCAGGGCAGCUGGAUUAAGCCAAUCUACUGUGAAUAGUUUUGUCUCCUCAAUGGAGGAAGUGUUUUUUGAGAUUCAUACUCAGGCUAAAGAUGCAGCCUUACAGAGUGUACCUUUACAGGACACCACAAGUAAAAAUAAAUAUAAUAGUAAUAAAAUAAAGCAUUGGGAGUCCUUUAGCCUUGAAAGAUUAGCUUUAGGACCAGGAAAGAUGGUGACACUUGGAGAGCUGGAAGAAGGUCCAGAAAUUGCUUGGAG